GGAGAUCCGUCGAGCGAGCGACUCGUCUUGGGCUCUCUCGACGCUGGCGGGGGCUAGGGGGUGGCUGGGGCUGCGCGCUGCGGCUGGGGGAGCUUGGCUCGGCUCGGGGGGCUUGUCGUCGAGUGUGAGAGCGAGGCAUUUCGUGGCCGGAAAUUGCUGAGCCAGAUCCAGUCACCUGGUUCCAUGAGUCCGCUUGUCCUGUGCUCGUAGUCCCUGGCCUCGUGUUCGCUCCUGCUUUUCAGGUUUUGAAUUCUCGCCCCCUCGUUCGUUCGGUCGGUCGGUCGUUCUACCGCUCCGCGCUGGGGCUUCGGAGGGCGGCAUUGGCACUGGGGCGCGCGGAGAGGGGGGCGCAAUUCGUCGACGCGGAGUGGAAUGUGCGGGGGGGUCGAUUCGACCGAGGCUUGGAUGUCGAGUUGGUCAGCUCGCUCUGCGGCCGGACGGUGGUCCCGGGAGUGCUGAGCGCGAGGAUCGGAUCUUCUUCUCCAUGCACGAGUUCGAUCGCUUGCGCUUCUCGGAUCGAGUAGAUCAGCCGGCGCCCCCCGGGUUGUAGAUCUCUGUGCGUCUGGCCUUCGAACGAGUGGCGCAUUCGGUCUGUCACCAUGGUGGAGAGCACUCUGACGGACAGCACAGUUACGUUUCCUCGGCCGAGCAGCAGCAGCAGCAGCGGCGCGAUGAGUAGCAGCAGCAGUUUUAGCGGCAUUGGACUGGCCAAUGGGAAUGGGAAUGGGAAUGGGCAUGCUCACGGUCAUAAACGGGACUGGAGGAAGACUAUCGCUAUGAAAGCUUCGACAGAGUAUGAUAGCGACGGAGGAGUUUUUUUGAACAAAAUUUCUGCCCGUGUGCUGGACGGUUUAGCAAAGGUCAAGUCGACUUUCGAGAGAGGAGCGAACGGUGAGGUUAAUGCUCCUCUUUUCGGUUUGGUGACCAAGUACGUCUCUGUCUUGUACGACCAUGAAGAAAAAAAUGCCCAGGUUACUGUCAACACAAAUUGGCGCAAUCUAGGCAUUAAAUACAGGCGAGACAUCAAGGCAGAGGAGGGGGAGGUUUCGCUGACAGCAAGCGCCUUCAAUUCGAAGUACAGAGCCGAAAUAGACUUCGACCUUCCUCAAACGGGCAGCAUGCCUAGAGCAAGUGUGACGUUUCCUUUUGGCGAAGUCAAGGUAUUUGAAGAAAUCCGAGAAGACGAACAUGGUGAUGACUUUAGGGCCAUGGCUGCGAGCGGAUUUUUGGCCGGACCAGUCUUCGGAGGUCUAUGCGUUGCUGACUACAAACAAGAGAACCUGAUGCUAAAAUAUGCCUACAAGGAUGAGGAAAUGACACUGAUACCCUCAAUCAGUUUACCGUCAAUGUCUCCAACAGUAGCAUUCAAACGGCAAUUUGAUAAUUCAAACAAAUUAAGUUAUCUGUACAAUUUCGACACGACUGCGUGGAGCACUGUUUACAAGCACAAACCGAACGAUGCAUUCAAGCUCAAGCUGGGUUACGACUCCGAAGUUAAAACGUUUUGGGGAUCAACAUGGGUUGGCAAAGAAGAUGCAGGUGCCAAAAAGGCUCCACGAAAGUGUAAGCUGCAAGUUAUGGUACAGGUUCCCCAAGGAGAUGUCAAAAACUCCGUGGUUCUCUUCAGAAUAAAAAAGCGCUGGGAUUUGUAAAACAUAAAUGUUGCCAACAGUAGUCAAGUUUACCGUGGAUAUCGAUGCCUAUCAGUCUCGGCUCUUUUCCUUGCGGUUUCACUGGUGAGCAUCCAAUUGCGAUCAUUCGGUGGCGACCCACGUUAAGUCUCAAGAAUCCUCUUCUGAUUCUGAUUUCUUUCACUAUAGGACAACUUACUUUCGCCGAGUCAUUGUCGGUUUCAGAUUGAGGACCGUAGCUUUGAAUAGAAUGGAAGGCGUAGCUUUGGCUGGAAUUUUUGGUACUGUCACCAAAUUAAGCGUGAGGUACAUGUCCUUGUAAAGUUGGGACAGAACUGAGAGGUUUUGUCCCACGUAGAUCAAGAGAUCGAUGAAUUUCCAAUUUU